AUGCCCAAGCUAAGCGAUUUACUCAAAAAUGGAAUUAAAUUCGACUUGAAUAAAAACGGCAAGUGGAGUAAUGCUAAAAAUGAUGAUAAGUCUCUAGAAGAUGCUAGUUCCAGUACAAACAUUCAAGUUAUUCCAAGAGAUAAAACUUUUACGACGCAAAUACUCGAUGCUUUGCCAAGUACUUCGAAUAUUAAUGAAUUGAAAGAUAAUUUUGAUAUUAGACAAGAAAACGUGAGAAAUAAAGCAAAGCCUUUAUCGAUCAUUCCUAUCAAAACUGAGAUUAUUGAAUCUAUACCGAAUUCAUUCCAUCCAGAAGACAUCGAUCAUCCCGUUAUUGAUAAUGAUUUAGACCAAAACGAAAAAAAUGGAGAAGAUGAUUGUGAUUUGAUGCAACGUGUAAGUCUAGAAGAUAUAAUUUCAAAUCCAAGGGAAGAGGAUCAGUCGAUAUCGGAUACCGAUAGUCAAGAAGAAGCACGAUCUCGUGUCAAAAGCGAUUUUCCUAGCCAAGAUGUUGGUGCAAGCAAUUGUUUAGAAAUGAUUCACGAUGAAGUGGUAUCUUUAGAAAAUAGGGAUGAAAUAUCACCGAAGGAUGUGCCAAAUUCUGAUAUGAAACCUUUGGCAACAGUCAAAGAAGAGGAUCAACGAAGAAUUGGUUUGAAUCAUGAGAAAUCUAGUUCAGAGUUCAAUCAGAAAGUAUCACCCUUGAGCCAUUCUUUGAAAUCAGUUAAAGAGAGCAUACUUCGAAAAAUAGACGAAAGUAAGAGAACUUCAAAGUUAACUAAAGGAGAUAUACUUAGAGAGUCGACCAUUGACAAAAAUACCGCUGGUUCAGAAAUAAACAAUGUUGGUGAAGACUGUGACACUGAACCUUCUGAAAAUAUCCUUUCGAUGUCACCCAAAACAUUAAACAUUGAUGAAAAGAAACUAAAAAGUUCGAAAGGUUCAUCAAAUACAUUGCAAUUGGAAGAUUUACAAAAAUUAUCAGAUUCUUUACUCAGAAAGAGUCUCUUAAGAGAGAAAGCUGCCCCAGCUAUUGUAAAUAAUGACUGUAGCGAUGAAAUAGAAAGUCAAACAGAUGAUAGGAGUGUAGAAAAACCACUGAGUCUUAAAGAUUCUACUGUCGACACAGAUACAGCGAGCACUAUUCCUCAUAUAACGGAAAUCAAAAAUCCAUCAGAUUUUGAUCUUUUGCCUCAAAAUAAUGAAAGAGACGCUAUAGACAGCCCAUGUACUAGUAGUACAAAUAUUGAAAAUACACCAAAAUCGCUUAGAACUGGUAUUGACGUAAACGAGAUGGCUGUUGAAGCCAGUGAACCAUCUGACUUUGAUGAUACGCCUACUGAAAAUUUAAGAAGGCCUGAUAGUGGUUUUGGCAGGAGACUCGGCAAACAAAGAAAUGAUCUUAAUGAAUCACCUAGUGAAGCACUGCCUACGAGAUUGCUGUCUCCUAAAACGUCAGAAUCUAGAAACUGUAUUGAAAAUGUAAAUUCAUUGGAGGACAUAGAAGAAAAAGCCUCGUUUGUAAAAAGCAAUCGGGGAAGUAUGAGGGAAACUGUUAAAGAACAAGAUAAUCUUAAAACUCCUAAGAUUGAUUCUACAAGAUCUGACACUAAAAGGAAAUUAACAAACAACAGUCCGACGUUACCCUUUUCGUCUUUACCUAAAAUUGAUGACAAUUCUUUCCUAUCUAAAGUAAGAGAAGCUGUUAAAGCCAGACUAUCUAGUUUUGAUCCAAAAAUCAUCGGUGGUAGGGAAGCGAAAACAUGUUCUGAUAUGGAGAGAUCAGCGUCUGAAAAUCACAACGUCGUUGUAGGAGAGAAUAUGAAAGAGAACGUCUCAUAUAAGUGUAAAAUGGUGUGCACAAAAUCGUGA